UUCAUUCAUGAAGCUUGCCAAACUGAAGACCCAGAAACAGUGCCAGCUGGGCAGGACGGCUGUGGACGUGGCCGGCCUGCUCGGCCACCCAGUGGGCACCCAGUUCAAGCUGCGCCCAGGCACUGGUCGCCAGCGUCUGCUGCAGGCCGAGCCCGUUCAGCGGAUGGAGGACCUGGCAGAUGUCAUCAGCACAGACGAGAGCGCCGCCGACAACAGGAACCUGGUGGCGGACCCCAGCUCCCAGUCUCUCACACGUGAGAACAUCAUGGCGAUGAGGGACCAGGGGGUGACCGGGAAGGAGAUCGUCAACACCAUCGUUGACAACAGCACGUAA